AUGCCUGAUGAGCCCUUCCGCUUCCUUGACCUACCCAAGGAGGUCAGGUUCAUGGUGUACGAAAAUCUUCCUCGGAUCAUCAGUAAUACGACAAUCGAGCCUCACCCCGGUGACUACUGGCGUCUUCGACACCAGCCAUCUUUCACGCUCAUUUACCGCAGCACUAACACUUCUAUUCUUCGAGUCUGCAAGGAAAUUCACAAAGAGGCAGCGCCGCUCGUCCACAGGACGAUCCGAAAUUUCAUCCUUGAGGCAUCGCCCAAGGUUGCAGGCAGCAUUGAUCGCUACACCCACGCCAAGUCCCUAGCACCGAUUGUAAGAGCUGCGGCACGCGACUUUGAUCACCUCCGCUCAAGACUCGGUCUCGUUCCAGUUGGCCAACACGCUGCCCCGGAAACUCUUGUCGACUACGAGAGCAGAACAUCCAAGUUCCUCCAAGACCUCGCCGAAGCUCGCGAAACCACUGCGGAUUGGGAUAUAUCAGACUUGCCCGAAAAAUAUCUUGUGGACACGGACGUAUUCUUACCCGGCAGCAUAAAUAAAAUUGUACCCUCUUUGCCGAACUACGGGUUGAGCGAUGCUGAAAAACGCACGAUACGCACCUUCAUCACCACGGCCUCGAUACAACUCCUCUACCACCACAUCAAGCGUCUGUCCCGCCCUACACUCAGCAACCCCACCAUCGAGUUCGUACGCAUCUGGGAUCGCCAGGCAAUAGCCGAGAUAUCAGAAGUCUACUACACACGUCAUCAGUGGUGCGAGAUGGACUUUGUGACGGCCUUCAAUAUCAUGGGUCGGGGUUUCCGCUCCAAGUGCUACGACUUCGGCGUCAAUAUCCAACUCGCGGGGUACGUGCCGAUAAGCCAAGGCCAGAAGCCGUUGCUAAAGGAAGGUGCUUUCGUCGCCUUGCCGACAAGAGAUGGGCAUGUGGGUGGAUUUGUCCCUCCGGGAGUUGGCAUUGUGGUGAGAUGGGAAGAAUCUAUGCCGGAGUGGGUGUGGAGAGAGGGAUGGCUUCCAAAUGAGUAG